UUCGCAAUGAAUAUUCAUUCCAGACCAAUGAGGUUUUGUUGCUGUCUACUAUCACGGUGUUUGGCUGUGUAUGCUGUUAGCUAACGCGGGUUUGUAGCAGAAAUGUGAGGAAGAUGGCGACGUUGAAAGAGGAACAAUGUUACGGGCUUUCUUGUGGUAGACUGAGUAAUGGCAGCAACACGUCGAUAUUUCACGUCAAACUCACUGACAGCGCGCUCAGAGCCAUCGAGAGCUAUCAAAGUAGCAAGGGAUCAACUGCCCAUCCUUCCAUUCGUUUCACUGGAAACCAAGGGAAAAUCUCUAUCCCUCAUGGCAAGACCUCGGAAGAAUAUGUGACAUUCACCUUCUACCUGUCCCGCAUUGGGCGGGACAACCCUCAGGGAAGCUUCGACUGCAUCCAGCAGUGCGCAACAUGUGAUGGAGCUGUUGAGCUGGACUGCCUGGGCGGGAUCCAGGACAAGCUCACGGUGAACGCCACGGACGACUCCUAUCAGAAGGCCCGGCAGAACAUGGCCCAGGCCGAGGAGGAGACGCGGCGGCGGGGGGCCAUCGUCAUCAAGCAGCGGGGCCGAUACAUCAGCAAAAGAGUCCAGAUCCGUAAGCCACCGGCGAGCCUGACUGAUGUGGUUGCCCCCUCCCGGCGCGUGUCGCGACCUGUGCUCAUAUCCAACAGCAGCAGCCAGAGGCGCCUCGGCGCCCUCGCACGGCCCAACCAGGAGAAGGUGGCGGGGCUGCCCCUGCGUGAGCGACUCACCCACCUGCUGGCACUCAAGACCUACCGCAAGGCCGAGCUGAUUGUGCGGCUGCAGCGAGAUGGCCUGUCCCCUGAGGACAGGGAAUCUCUGGAUGGCCUGCUGUUGCAGGUGGGCCACCUCAGUGAGAAAGACAACACGUUCACACUAAAGGACGCCCUGUUGAAUGACGUGCAGAGAGACUGGCCUGGCUACACGGAGGGAGACCGGCAGCUCCUGAAGAGGAUCCUUAUCACCAAGAGCAGGAAGUUAGGUCAGGCCCAGAGUCUCCUGUCAUCAUCGGCAACAGCGGAAGAAACGAGAAGUCCACAGAGGGAGCAGGCCAGCUCCUCACCCUCACAGAAGCGGCCAGUGCCUGACUACAUUGACCCUUUAGCCAAUAAGAAGCCCAGGAUAUCCCACCUGGCGAGCCGAGCCCAGGCUCAGCCGAAUGGCGGGCUGUCGCGAGAGAGAGAGGCCAGCCCUGUCUCCACAGCGACCGAGUCCCGUCUCCCCAGGCUGGAACUCCCGCAGCCGUGCGAGCCUCUGUCGGACAUGAGCAGCGACUCUGCGCCCAACAGCCGAGACAGCGAGGGCUCUGACGCCACCGCUGCCACCACCACCACUAGUGUGGCCGACAGGCUCGGGCACAGUUCGGCUGUCUCCACGGCAACGCACCCCUCCCUCCCCCUGCAUCCACCCUGCCAGCCCACUGCGGCCACACCCACCCCUGCUCGCAAGAGCCGCAAGAAGUCCAGAAAGAACAAAGAGAGGGGCCGAGAGAGUGGACGGACGAAAGACCGGAAUAGAGGGAGGGAGAGGAACCGAGAGAGCGGACUGACAGAAGACCGGACUAGAGAGGGGGAGAGGGACGCAGAGGCCAAUGUUGAGGACACGGGGAGCGGCAAUCAGGGGAGAAGCCCAGCAGAUGUCAACGGCACAUAUGAACACUCGGGAGUUGCCACAGGAACAUUGGACUCUGAAGACUAUUUAAGGAGCUACAGAACGAUUGUUUCCCAUGAGCAGCGUCAGAGGUACAAGAACGAGUUCAAUGUGGAGUAUAACGAGUACCGGGCCCUGCACGCCCGCAUUGAGGGCGUGACGCGCCAGUUCACCGUGUUGGAAACCCAGCUCAAAGAGCUGCAGCAGGGCACCAACCAGUAUAAGACCAUUCACAACCAGAUACUUCAAGAGUAUCGCAAAAUAAAAAAGUCUAAUCCAAACUACAGCCAGGAUAAGAACCGUUGUGAAUACCUACACAACAAACUUGCACACAUAAAGAAAACCAUUGCAAAGUAUGAUCACAAGCAGCUGUAACACAUUUGCACAUCGUCAGAUGUUAUCUUUAAACAGACUGGUUCCCAAGGAGCCAAGAAGUGGACAGUCAUCCAGUAGAGUGUCCAGGCUUGUUCACUGGUUAACCGGAGACGUCGUUGCUGACUGGAGUAUGUUGGAGCACACACAAUAAAAAGCAGGACCUUUUCUGCCCCGUGUGAGUUUUUGUUUGCUUGGUAUUUGUUUGUUUAAAGGGUUGAUCUGUUUGUUAAAAUAGAGAUCUGAUGACCCAAAGACGCAAAAAAUGUCUCUGAUGCAAGCGCACUGUUUUAUCGCGGUGAAGUGCUGUUGGGUUGACUGAAGAACUGAACAUGGCAUUACACUGUUACUCCCUCACGCUGAAUGACCAAUGUUUGCUGCAGAGAUUUACAGACUGUCCCGUGUCGAAUCACAAUCAGUGAUGGAUCCUUGCACAUGGAUUUUACUAAGUGCUAGAAUAAGAAACCAUUCAGCCAGCAUGUAUUGUCAGACUAUUACUUCGGUGUAUUAUAUUUUCUGUGUUUUAAUUUAUUGUUUUGUUUGGGGGGGGGGGGGGGGGUAAUUCUGCAGAAGUGUUCUCUGUUCCCUCAUGGGUCUGCAGACUCUGCACACUCCCCGGUUGUAUAAAAUAAAAUGCAUCAUCUUAAGUCCUACUAGUAAAUUACAUCACAAACUUACGGUAGAUUUCCUGACCUGCUGCCCGUGGUGGAGGGGACAUUUGUUUUUCAGAGGGCAUGUUCGUUCUGUUUUGAGAGCCGGGCCUGCUGAGUUUUGUGCAGCUCUGCUGGAACAGUAAAAAAAUCUCCAGCUGAAGUGGACAGCAAUCAGAGCGAUACGCUGAAAACUACCACUGAUCACUCAAGAAUUGAUCUUUUUGGACCCAAUGCUCAUAAUUACAACUGGAUCUUUAGAUUAGUCUGAAUUCUUAAGCACAGUUUGCGGCUAAUUGCGUGAAACAGUUCCGACCUAGUGUGUGUUUGACAGUGGCUGAGAUUCGGCCCAUUCCAAUGUCCCUCUAAGAAGUGUGUGUACCAUUUGAGCAGUGGGUUCAUAUAGCAUAUAUCCUAUCGGUCAGACGCAGGCCCUUUUUGUAUUAAGCAUCUGCUCCCCAUGGCUCUGACCAGUGCAGUCUCUCUUGGUGUUCUCCGAAAACAAACCAUUACAGCAUUGAGACCCACAGAAAUUCUGUCUCGUCAGUAUCAUGCCAUCUCUGUUCUCAAAAUUGUUGUGCCAUAACAUGUUUUUUUUUUUUUUUUUUAAGCAUUGUUGUGGAACACCUCCAAGUUGAUGUUGCGUGCACUACACUGGCACAUCCGAGGGAGGCUGUGUUGCAUGCUGAAUUACUGCCUCAGCUGUUCAGUACAUUGAAAUUAAACUUCAGCACUUUGGAAACUUUUA